GAAUCCGUGCUUCACUUCUCCUCCAAAAGCAAAUAAAAGUUAGAAAUGCCCAUUUCUUAACAAACACAAAAUGCUUCUUUACUUCUUCUUUGCUUUUUCUCUCUUUAUUUCCCCUCCUUCUCCUUCUCCUUCUUCUUUAGCACCCAUAACCAAAGACCAUGAAACUCAUCUCUACACACUCUCCCUUUACCUCAAAACCCCACCACAAGCCACAACUCUCCUCCUCGACUUAAACGCUCCUUUCAGUUGGAUCCAUUGUUCUGACAACAACAACAUUUCCUCAACAUACCAUUCCAUUUCAUGUAACUCACCUUUAUGUUCUGCUCUUGGUUCACGUGCUUGUGCCAAGUGUCACCACUCUCCUAACACCGACUGUUCUAAUGACCCGUGUAUUCUAUCUCCGUUAAACUCUGUUACUCAUAAAACGUCGACAGGAAAGGUUAUUACUGGCUCGCUUGCGUUGCCGGUAACGGAUGGUAGGAAUCCGGGACAACUUAAGGGGUUUGAUGAGUUCUUGUUGUCUUGUUCCAAGAAGUCUUUGCUUAAAGGACUUACUAAAGGUGUUGCCGGUUUGGCUGGUUUAGGCCGGUCCAGAUUCUCGCUUACAACUCAGGUUAGCACUUCCUUUUCGUCUACACGCACUUUUGCUCUAUGCUUGACCGGUUCACCUUCAGCUCCUGGAGUUGCUUUCUUCGGUUCACUUGGACCUUAUCACUUUUUACCUGAAAUUGACCUUUCAAAAACACUUCAUUAUACCCCACUAGUCCAAAACCCGGUUCAAAGUGACUAUUUCAUUAGUUUGACUUCCAUAAAAGUCAACGGAGUAAAUGUACAACUGGACCAGAAUAAUAUCCUAACCAAGCUGAGCACAGUGACUCCAUACACCACACUACAAAGUAACAUCUACAAAGUAUUUACCGAGACAUUUGUAAAUGAAUCUGCUAAGGUUAACCUCACAGUAACAAAUCCUAUGGAACCGUUUAAGGUUUGUUAUAAUGCAGAUGAGGUAUUGGAUACAAAGGUAGGACCAGCUGUGCCAACCGUUGAUCUUGUGAUGGAGGGUGAUGAUGUGUUUUGGAGAAUAUUUGGAUCAAAUUCAAUGGUUAGGAUUGCAAGAGAUGGAGUGGAUGUAUGGUGUUUAGGGGUUUCGGAUGGUGGGAUUAGGACUGAGACAUUGAUCGUAAUUGGAGGACAUCAAAUGGAGGAUAAUUUAAUGCAAUUUGAUUUGGAUCAACAAAGAUUAGGGUUUAGUUCUUCAGUUUUAGCAUAUAACACCUCAUGUUCUAAUUUCAACUUUACCACUGUUAGUAACUUGAGUUGAAAUUAACUUAAGAGUAAGACAAUUUACAUUCUGAUGAAUUUCUUUUUUCCUUUGUUUUCUUUUGCUCAAUAGUUUCUUCGUACUUAAAUGAAUGUUGUGGGAUUUGCAAUCUUUGUUUCAA